AUGGGUCCCCUUAUUAUCCUCUGUCUCUUCGCUGUUUCGGUACUGGCGACCGUCACUGUUUCGCCAUCCAACAAUUCUCAGGAUCUGUCCGCCUUCGACGCUACUCACUUCCGCCUCCACGCUGAUGGUCCCCUAAACGGCCAGACUAUCGCUCCACUCACCCAGCAUCUGCUCAAUCUCACCGAAGCAGACCUCAAGUCUUUCGCAAUCACUGGGAACUUAACUAAAGUAGUAGCAUCGGACUCCGUGGACUUGAAUUCCUCUUCAAUCGCCUGUAUUCCUUGCGAUUCUGAAGAUUACCCCGGUCCACUGAAGGUAGCGAAUACUAUCAGCAACGUUGACUCUGCCGAUAAUCCGCCCGGUGCUAUCAUCCUUUACAGUGCUUCGGCAUCACAUUGUAACUUUACAUCGGAUGACGCCGCCGAGAGCUACCGUUAUAUCUUUACCGUUCUCAAUCUAAACUCAUCUACCGAUCUACAAGGCAUCUUUGGCUCCAGCAAUACUACAGCCACCAUAAAUAGUAUGUCUUCAUAUCAGGGGGAGAUCGGCGGCGGUGAUCCUUCAGGGAGCACUGGCAGUGGGGGCGGCCCGAAUACUGCAAUGAUCAUCCUGUACAGCAUUACAGGUAUCAUUACAGCUUUAUUCCUGGGUAUCAUCGUCACAGGUGCCGUGCGAGCGCACCGACACCCAGAACGAUAUGGGCCACGCCGUGUCGCAGGAAGGCCCAGGCAAAGUAGGGCGAGGGGCAUAGCAAGAGCCAUGCUCGAAGGUAUACCGAUCGUCAAAUUUGGCGACGAGCCUCAUGCGGACACUGUAGAUGCCGCCAAGAGAGACAUCGAAAUGGCCAGCACUGAGCAGGAUGGUCGGGAACAUUCUCUGCCUCGUUCGGAGAAUGAUUCCGAGGUCGGCGAGACGACACCCCGUGAAACCGAAACUCCCGCCAUCGAACAAGAAGCCAAUCGACCGAAGAGCACAGUACUUGAGCCCAGACCCGACGCAGCACCAGAUGCAGGCAACUUCUCCUGUCCUAUCUGUACGGAUGACUUCAUUAAGGGCCAGGAUCUACGUGUCCUACCCUGCUACCAUCAAUUCCAUCCAGAAUGCGUUGACCCAUGGCUGGUGAAUGUCUCGGGCACAUGCCCUCUCUGUCGUAUCGAUCUGAACCCACCUAAGGCUGAAGAUGCUGAAGAUGGCGAGAACGGCGAGAACGCAGAGGGUACCAACGCCGAAGGUACUGCGACCGCAACACCCGAAACACCCGCACCCCGUCACUCUCACAACCCUUUAACAAACUACCUGAACGUUCGACGUAUGCGCAACGCAACAGUUGAAGAGCGUAUUGCCGCGCUCCGCCACGUCCGCGAGGCCAACCAAGACGACGUCACGCAGGAUUCAGCCCCCACCCCCAACCGGAGUCGCCUGAGCACCCGGUUUCGUGAACGAUUCCGUAUCCGUACCCGCGCCCACGGCGUCGAUGGAUCCAGUCCCAUUGACAGUGGCGCGAGCACACCCGCAGCAGUAGCUUCACCAACUGUUCCUCCUCCAGCUCAUACCACCGAGACCGAUACUGAAACUGGCACUGGAACGGCUAGCACCGAAAACCCGCCCCAUUCCAGUACAUGA